AUGGACAGUGGCAGCUCCAGCCUAGGAGACCCUGAAGGGUCGACCGUCGUCGGUGGACCAGUUACCCAGCCCAAAGGUUAUACAUCGCGCAGGGAGAAGUCUGGUAUCCAGGAAACCUUCGAGGGCGGUCCAGCCACAAAACUCAACAGAAGUAAUUUCAUCAAGGCGGAGGACUUCGUCGCCGAAGACCACCCCUUCUUCUUCAGGAUCGGCAAGGACGGCCUGAUUGCCGCACUCCAGAAACUGGAUACGCAGCUGAGGAAUUCCGGACGGCAACACAUCCUCUCUAGAAUGAAUCCCACCGACUGGAUAGGGGAGGAAAUCACCCCCGGACGACUGGGCCUCAUCAAUCAUGGUGGCCUGCCAAAGAUCCUGACGCGCCCGGGGCGGUAUCCGGGUUUCCCUAUCCGCAACUGGUGGGCGCGCAGGUGGUGUGGCACCAAGGGCCUAUCGGACACCGUGAUAGAAUUCCAAGGUCUUACCGUGGUGCAGGUGUCCCAGAACCAAGCUGCUGUCGUCGCAGAUCCUCAGAACAAGAUUUUCGUUGUGAAAGACGGUGGUUUCGUCUGUUAUGCAAUCGAAGGUUCCUACCGAGUACUUUCGAUCGUCGACCAGACGCAUCUCUCCCACAUGCAGAUGGAUGCGAUCACCAAGGUCGUCCUUGGAUGGCGACAUGAGGUGAAGAUGACGAGCAUCAACAGCGAUGGGAAAGAGCAAGACUACGUGGUGGCGCAAUUCUUCAACAUACCGGCGAACAACUGUGCAAUCUUGCAGAAGGGCGACGACCUCGAGCUGCUGCCCGCCGGCCAGCACUACAUCACCACCCCGAAUGUCACGCUACGCGCGUUCUUCACCAUGGGCGAGAAUCAGCUGGAGAUGCCCACCAAGGAUAUCUUCACCAGGGAUCAAGUACCCGUCAGCCUGACUAUAUACCUCAAGUGGCAAUUGAUUGAGCCGCUCAAGCUCACAACGCAUGGCUACAACACGCCCUACGACGCCCUCCGAGACAAGACCCAAUCCAUCCUCACCCAAAUCGUCGCACACCUCGACUACAGCUCGAUGGUGAAGCAGCGCUCGCUCGGCCCGGACAACCUCGACGAGGGCGGCGACGCGUCCUCGCCGUUCCUCGACGCGCUGCGCACGCGGGCCAUGGACGACCUGCACCUCGCUGCUCUGGAUUACGGCAUUAUCGUCAAGGAUCUCGCUGUGAUCGACCGACAGUUCAAAGGUGAUAUUGCGGGGACGAUGGACAAACUGACCACGAGGGCUCUACAGGCCCAGGUGGAAGCCGCCAACGUCGACAGGGAGAACAGCAACAAGAUCAAGCAGGAGGAAGGCGCGCUCGCUGUUGCGCGCGUCAAGGCGCAAUCCCAGAAUACCCUCGCGGACUCCCGCGCCUACGGCGUCGUCGCCGCCGCCCGCGCGGACGCGCAGAAAGUCGAGAUCGAGGCGGAGGCGGGCGCGAAGGCGACGCGCAUGGCAGCCGAGGCUGAGGCCGAGGCGGUGCGCCUGCGCGCGCGCGCGGACGCGGCGGUACUCGACGAGUUCGCUCGCGAGAUGGAGAUGCGCCGCGUCGAGGUCGCGCGUGUCGGUGCGUUUGGCGAGCGCGCGGUGUUCGUGCCCACCGAUGGCCUCGGUGCGCAGCUCGGCGGCGUCAUGGCUACGGGCAUGGCUGCUGGCUUGGGCGCAGCCGCCGGUGGGAGUGGGAGGCGGGCUGUUGCGCCUGCUCCUUCGUCGCACAGUUGA